AUCUCGUCAAACCACUACGCUCAGAGGGCUGGCGGGAUUCACGAUGCAUUUCCAUGCUCCUUUCGUUGCAAGGAGCUAUGGCACAUGUUCGCGCAUGGUCGUUGUGUUCUUUGCUAGGGUUUGCUCGGAUAACGCAAUAACGAAUACCCUGUCGCAUUGUGGUUCAAAGGGCAGUUCGAGCGCACGUUCAAGUUUAUUGAUAUCCAACUGCCCAAGUGAAAGGAGAACCAGUAUCUCCAGAUCGACAGAUGGGCAACCUUCUAUCUGCAUGCAGGGAAAAACUCGUCACGUGCUUCGGCGGAAACAAGAAUCCGGCAGAGACAACGGUGGUUUUGCCAGACGUGAAGCAUGUGGCGGUCAUCGGCGGGGGACUGGCUGGCUUGAUAUGUGCGUACUAUUGCGCCAAGAAGGGGCAGCACGUAGAGAUCUUCGAGCGGAGGGAUACCGUUGGGGCAGGCACGGCAUACGGCCCUGCAGGAGUCACGAUGUGGAAACCUGUCAGGCGAGGCCUCAAGUUUCUCGGCACCGUGGACCCUCUCGCGGGGGGGCUCGGUGGCCUGCAGGACUAUGUCGAGGGAACUGCCUGGCAAGCCCUGGACCCAGAUCCUCGACGGCCCGCGCUCAUGCUUGAAGCUCGAAAGGCUCAUGCUGAGUUCCUGAAGGAAAAUCCGGACGCGAAGCCUAUCAUGCAUGACGAAGGCCUGAUGUACGUCUUGGACGAGGAGCUUUUCAAAGAGAAUCAGAAGCUGUUCAAAGACGACCCCUCGAUGAUCUUUUUUACGAAGGCCGAGUUUGAAAAAAGCGAAUGGUUCUGUCCUCUUUACGAGGGGUGCAACUACUACGGGAUCUUGUUGUCCAAGGAGGAAGGCGCGAUCGAUCCUCACCGUUUCGUGCAGUUUUUAGCAAAGAAGGUAGAGUCCAUGGGAGGCAAGAUCUAUGUGAACACCACCGUCUCUCGCUUGGAUGAGAUUGACACAUUGGGCAAGGUUGUCGUGCAUCCGUCAGUCUCCACUACGAAAUUUGAUGCUGCCAUCGUGUCGGUAGGGGCCGCGAGACACCCUGGCGAUUUGCUGGAGGCCAGCGGCAUUGAGGAUCCCGUGGACGAGAUAUACGGAGUGAAAGGCUAUACGGUCACAGGACGAAUGCCCCCAGGCUUCUUGAAGAUGGGAUUCGUCGAUGCCGUGGACACAAAGUUCAUCAGGCCCUGGACUGACAAGGAUGGGAACUUCUGCAUUCGAGCUGGCAGCAUCGCGGAUCCGUUCGAUCCAGCUGAUCCUCUCGCCAUCAAUUGGGAUCGUCUUGACGAGUUCAAAAACAAUCAGUUCAUGAAGAAGGUUUUCGAUUCUGUCGGUGACACGCGCGGAGUGGAUGCAGACACAGUCCAUGACGCCGUCGUCGAGAAGGGGAAGCUGGAGGUCUGGACUGGUAUCCGGCCAGUGAACAAGCAUGGGCGCGUUCCGAUAUUCCGCUGGGCGAAUGGGACGAAGCGAGUCCUCGUCGUCUCCGGUUUUGGGUCCAAUGGCUACGUCAUGUGCUGGCACACGGGCCCAAGGGUCGCGAGGCUGAUGGGCUGAGACGCGAUCCUGGAACACUUCCAUCGUCAAGACACCCAGACGAAGUGAAGCCUCGUUGGCGUCUUGGUGGGCGUCUUGAGGCCUCGUCCUGAGCGCCUGCUGGCCGUUUCUUGGACGCCGUCGCGCACACGGGAUGCCUUCAGGUGUCCAGGAGCGUGGGAGGAGUGGCCGCCGCACAGUCGCUGCUCCGCGCAUGGGGCUCACUUCUCCUGAGCUUCCUCGGGCGGGAGAACUGAAAUACGCUGCGCGUCGCUCGUAAAGCGAGACGCUCCCAGAGUGACGUCGCGGACUGUCGAUCUACCCUUUAAUCUUGGGAUUCCGAUGGUAUCCUGAUUGUAUCCGUGUUUGUUGGAUGCUCUUGUGCAUGCAGGGGGAGGGUACCCUCGAAUGUUAUUCGGUUUGGCCCGCGCUGGGUCUCGUGUUCUGUUGGAAUGUUAUCCUGUCCUGAGUCCGUCCGUACAGGGAUGGUGGGAUUCCAACGCGCGUGGCCGAUCUGCGGGGCAGUGCACAUUGAGGUUCUGCGGGGUAGAGGUGACAGUGCCGUCUUGGACUUCGGCUUCACGGCGUCCAGUGCAUAAGCCGUCUUGGUAUCGCCUUGUUGUUGCAGGUGUUGAUUGUAUGGCAGUCACUGCCGCGAGUGGCAGGCUACGGGCCACACAACAUCCGAAGUAUUUUCCCUGACGCGAUCGCCCAGUGUGUGCGCCAAUUUGGCAACAACGUCAGUCCGUGAACCCCAAACAGUUGAUUCGCGAA